AAUAUGGAGAAAGAAUUGAAAUACGGCGUUCGAUCAGCUCAUCUUGAUUCAAUUCCUAUGAAGAAAACUGGUGAGGAUAAUGUCAUCGAAAAUGAAAGCAAUUCAACCGAAACAUUUUGCUCUGGAAUUUGGAACAGUAAAAGCCUCCGGCUACAGGUUGUACGUAGCGUAUGUGUUUCUGCAGCUUUCAUGAUAAGUGGCUGGACAAAGGGCCAGAUCGGACCAGCCUUCCCUGAUAUCAUGAUGAUUUCCGGAGCUGAUCUAGAAAAGGGAUCUGUUUUUAUGACAUCACUCUACACAGGCCAAUUACUCGGCUCCAUUAUAGCGGCUUUUAUUUACCCAAAAAUUAACAAAUAUCUUGUAUUUGGUUCUGUCCUGGUAUUGUACAGUCUUGCAGUAGCAGCCAUCCCGUGGUGUUUCCUGUACGAACUGAUGGUAGCAGCAUUUGCAUUUCUUGGAGUUUGGGGUGGGAUUAAUUCUGUUGGAGUUGGUGCCGAAUGUGUAGCUAUAUGGGGGCCAACACCACGGGGACGUUCAUAUAUCAUGGCAAACAGCGCCGCUUACACAAUAUCCAGUGUGCUAGCACCUUUGGUGACAGCGCCAUUUCUGAAGCAGCCGGUCAAUAGCUUUACCAACACGAACACCUCGUCAUGGAAUGUAACGUUUGUCAUGCCAAUAUGGAUAAACAGGACUAUUAAGACAGGCCUGAAUGAUAUGGAUAUACCCAUUGACAAUUCCACACUGACAAACGGAAGUGAUUCAAAGUUGUAUAUAGCAUAUACGAUAUCGUCUGUUUUCUAUGGAAAGCCGUAUGGGACCCCCGACUCCGUUCAAGAUUUUUAA